ACCAGACACUCGCUGACACUUCCAUCCAGCCGACUAGUUGUCAGACUCCGCUCGAGACGAACAGAGAAGAUGAGUAUCACCCUCUACAAUGAGACCUCUCUGGGAGGUGGAGGUCAAACCUACACCGAAGAUGUCCCAGACAUGAAGGACUUUUCGAACCGUGCUCGCUCGCUGAAGGUUGAGGGCUAUCCCUGGGUUGCUUUCACCAAAAAAGCAUUUCAGGGUGAAUUCAAAAUAUACCGAGUCGGCCAGUACAUGAACCUGAACGACUUUGCUGUGAAAAUCAGCAGCCUGCGGGUGAUUAAGGAGUCUCUGGAAAACCCACAAAUUACUCUUUAUAAAAACGUCAACUAUACAGGCGCGAGAAAAGAUAUAUUUGAGGAGAUCGACAACGUGGAUCAAAUAAAAAAAGAAAUCGGUGGUGAGAUUUCAUCGCACAAAAUCAAAGAAGGCGUGUGGAUUCUCUGCAAGGACGAGCACUUCUGUGGGGAGCGUAUGUUCACCAAGGAAAAUGUGCCCAACUAUGUCCAAAUCGGAUGGAAGAACCAGCUCUCAUCGCUGAAACCUCUCACCCCAUCUGAUUUUGAGUAGGUUUCAGAUAGAAGAGGAAGGGAGGGGACUAUCACUUCCGCCCCCAUCCCCCUCUCCGGUCUAUAACCUGCGCUCGCUUUGCUCAAACCUCCCGAGGGGACGUUUCACUGACAUCAGGGACAAAUUUGUUCCUUUUUCAACGUUGUUGCAGAAGAAAAGUUACAAAGUGUUAUUGAUAUAAAAAAAGUGAUGGAAUAUUAUCAAACCAGCUUGUUGUUGUGAUGUCGCGUCUAAUUAGUGUCUGUCAUGAAUGGCUUUACUGCGGCAGGGAGUGGGUGGCGGGAGCUUUUGCUUGUCUCUGCCAUUGGAAAGUCAGAGAUCUGAUCAAUAAAGUGAUGCAAGUC